UCCCGUGCCCCGUGUUGUGCGAGGAUUGUUCACCCGGCCGCUGCUCGAGCGCGCUCUCGGCUCUCGCUAAUAUGGUUCGCUCCGGCGGCUCGGGCAGACCCUACUCCCGCGAAGAAAUCUGCUGGGGCUCCUUCGAGCGCAACACGGGUGCGUGGUGUCCGUUCACCGAGCAGGACGCCAUCGAGGCCGCCUAUCAGGCGAACGAGGCGUCGAUCCACCUCCCCGCCUGCUUUGACGCGACGGUGCACUUUUCUGAGCCCCAUUGCUUCCAGCGAACGCCCGCGGUCGGCUCCAAGCCGUCGGGGUUCCGUUCCGUCCUUCGCGGCGAGGUGGGCAGCGUGGUGCGGCUGCAUUACUGGGCGAGCAGCAAGACGUUUCGGCUCGACGCGCCGACGAACGAGCCGCCCUCGUACGUGGUGGAUGUCAAGAUCGAGGCCGCGCCCCAGGAGCGGCCGGCUGCCUGGCAGUGGCUCGAUCUCCCCCCGAGCGCGCUCGCGUCUGCAAUGGACCUCAACUGGCACUCGUUCGCGCCGGAGCACUCGGAGGCGAUCGAGCAGGCGUCGAGGGCGACGAUGGGCCGCGUGGAGAUCAUCAUCGGUCUGACCAAGUACGUCAUCCAAAACUUCAACGGCGCGUAUGCCGAGCAGCGAAACGAGAGGACGGGCGCGCGCAGGUCGGUGCGGCGUGGCUACGCGUCGGAUGCAGCGCCGCCCGCGGCGCCCGACGAUCUGGCCUCAGACUUUUGCGGCCUCUGCACCGAAAAGUUCUCAGAGACGGCGCACUCGGGCCCGCCCGCCACCCGCCUCCUCACGCACUCACCAGCACACUGGCCCGUCCACCGGCUGCCGGAAUGCGGACACGCCUUCCACCACUCUUGCAUCCAGCAUGUCCUCACCGCGCCGAACGCAUACACGAGGAAGUGUCCGAUCUGCCGCCGCACCCUGGCCCGCCCGCCCGUCGCACCCAGCUCCAGCAUUGCGCAAGGACGACCGGCACCGGCGCCGCGGCCGGGGACGGGGGGCGGCGGCCGCGUGGGGAUGGACCCCGACGAGGCCCGCCGCUUCGUCAACCCGCGCAACCUCGGCGACUUCUCCUCUUCGGCACAGGACACCUAUGUCGGCCGAGGGCCGUCGGCGCGUACGCCGUCGUCGCGGCGGUGGUUUUGAUGGACGCACAGCCGGGCCCGGAGUCGUAUCUGACUCGUCGUACGUAGUUGUGGCCUCGAGCGAGGCGCGCGUUGAAGACGCCACACACCGCUCAGGCGGGACAGAGGUCAGACUCAGAGCGCUCCCAGAGCGCAUGUGAGCGCUGAUCGCCGCAUAGUUGCUCGAGUUUCCCUGACAGUAGCUCUGAACGCGAAGCGCGUGUGGAAAAUAAAAAA